AACUGAACUCGCGGCACGGCACGGCACGCUACAGCAGGCCUGAAGAAGUCGGUGUCCCGCUGUUUGCCUGAACGUUAGCUAGCUCUGCACGCUCUCUCUCUCUCUCUUUUUCGGAUAUAACCGACACACACACACACACACACGGAGAACAGCGGAGAGGGGGAACAUUAUGGCGACGUUGGGACCGGAGUCGGUUCGCCCUGCUCUUUCCCAGCUCAGUUCCUCCCAGUCGCAGACUCAAAUCGGCGGCGCUAACCUGCCUCCCAACCGGGGGUUGGAGCGGGCGCUGGAGGAGGCGGCUGCCAGCGGCGCACUCAACCUCAGCUCCCGCAAACUGAAGGAGUUUCCCCGGACAGCCGCCAACCACGACCUGGCGGACACGGUGGAAGCAGACCUUUCAAAGAACCGACUGGCCGAUGUCCCCGCAGAGGUCUGCCACCUGGUCGCCUUGGAGACACUAAACCUGUAUCACAACUGCAUCAGGACCAUCCCGGAGAGCAUCAUCGGCAUGCAGUCACUCACCUCCCUAAAUCUGAGUCGGAACCAGCUGGGCUCCCUGCCGGCCUGCCUGUGUGGUUUACCGCUCCGAGUCCUCAACGCCAGCAACAACAAGCUGGUCAGCCUGCCGGAGACCAUCGGACAGCUGCACCGCCUCAUGGAGCUGGACAUCAGCUGUAACGAGAUCACGGCUCUCCCUCGCCACAUCGGCCGACUCAAAGCGCUGCGGGAGCUCAACGUCCGCAGAAACCUGCUCUGCGUCCUGCCAGAAGACCUGGCUGCCCUUCCUCUGGUGAAGUUUGACUUCUCCUGUAACAAGGUGUCGACCAUCCCGGUGAGCUACAGGAAGAUGAAACAGCUCCAGUCGCUCCAGUUAGAAAACAACCCACUGCAGAGUCCACCUGCACAGAUCUGUAUCAAAGGGAAAGUUCACAUAUUCAAGUAUCUGAGCAUCGAGGCGUGUCGCAGUGACAAGAUGCCCGACUCUCUGUACCUGCCUGUCAUGGAGCGGCUCAGCCUAUCACGGCCCACCACCGGCAGUGUGGAGGACAUUGAGCAGCAGAAGAAGCAGGACAGCGACUCAGGAGUGGGCAGCGACAACGGAGACAAGAGACUGUCUGCUACCGAGCCGUCGGACGAAGACAGCCUGAGUCUCAACGUACCGAUGAGCCACAUCACCGAGGAGGACACACUCAGCAAGGAGGACUCCAGUGAACACAUCAGCUCCCUGACAGACCCACACUUGGACUCGGUGCGUCUGAUCGAGGAGAGCCCUACGGAAGCCCUGAAGGACCAGUUCAGCUACAGGGACUCCGCUCUCAGCACGCGCUUCCUCAACUACAUCAAGGGUCGGACAGCAGCAGACUUUGACGAGCCCCUCAGAAUAGAGGAAGACUCACACUGGCCACCAGGACAAAUGUCAAAGGUCAGCGGUGGCACGGAGCUGCACAUGGACAUGAUCAACCAGCUGAAGGAGGCCGUGGAGCUGCUGCAGGACCCCAGCAGAAUGAGCGCGGAGCAGGACGACCCGUCAGGAGUUCAGCUCUACCCCGUGGAGAUGGUCGAAGUGGAAGAGUCUCUCAAUGGGCAGGACAGCGAUGAUGGCGUCAGCACACCGAAGCGUCAUGACAGGUCUCCAGCCAGCGGACAUCCAUCCUUCUCCAGCCCCGUGUUUGGACUGAAGCCCCGCUCAGGUGAGUUGGUUGUGGGCUGUGAGCAAAGGUCAGACCCCUGGGUGUCCAGACCCCACUGGGUCGAAUCGCUGGCCCCGCCCCUCCGUAGAGACUCGCCUCGUAGCCACGACGACGGAGGCGUGCUCAGCCGCGGUAGGUCCCCACCCGCUUCCUUUAAACUCGCCGACCAAUCAGAGAGUGGAGAGUUUGUGUCCUGGACCAAUCAGGUGGAGAGUGCAGAGUUUGUUUUCCUGGUCCAAUCAGGUGCAGAGUUUGUUUUCCUGGUCCAAUCAGGUGGAGAGUUUGUGGAGUUUGUGUCCUGGUCCAAUCAGGUGGAGAGUUUGUGUCCUGGGCCAAUCAGGUGGAGAGUUUGUGGAGUUUAUGUCCUGGUCCAAUCAGGUGGAGAGUUUGUGUCCUGGGCCAAUCAGGUGGAGAGUUUGUCUCCUGGGCCAAUCAGGUGGAGAGUUUGUCUCCUGGUCCAAUCAGGUGGAGAGUUUGUGUCCUGGACCAAUCAGGUGGAGAGUUUGUGUCCUGGACCAAUCAGGUGGAGAGUUUGUGUCCUGGUCCAAUCAGGUGGAGAGUUUGUGGAGUUUAUGUCCUGGUCCAAUCAGGUGGAGAGUUUGUGGAGUUUAUGUCCUGGUCCAAUCAGGUGGAGAGUUUGUGUCUUGGGCCAAUCAGGUGGAGAGUUUGUGUCCUGGGCCAAUCAGGUGGAGAGUUUGUCUCCUGGACCAAUCAGGUGGAGAGUUUGUCUCCUGGGCCAAUCAGGUGGGGAGUUUGUGUCCUGGGCCAAUCAGGUGGAGAGUUUGUCUCCUGGGCCAAUCAGGUGGAGAGUUUGUCUCCUGGUCCAAUCAGGUGGAGAGUUUGUGUCCUGGGCCAAUCAGGUGGAGAGUUUGUCUCCUGGUCCAAUCAGGUGGAGAGUUUGUGUCCUGGUCCAAUCAGGUGGAGAGUUUGUGUCCUGGGCCAAUCAGUUGAAGAGUUUAUGUCCUGUAGAGACGUACUGCUAUAUGUACUGA